AUAGAGGUGAAGCAGACAUAUAGUAGGAUGUACUAAGUGAGGACCUCUGUGUGUUAUUAGUGAUUUGAUUUGGCUUAAAGCACACACAUAGUGUGUAUCAGUGGUGAACAACAACAACCGUUCCCAUACCACCUCAAUUGUCACUAAUACUACCGUAACGUUGUGGACGCGUGUGUUUGUGGUCUUUUUGGGCUUUCGGAUUUGUGACUAUUUGAGAAUAAAUCGCAUUAAUAUUGGUGGAGCUGGCAAUGUUGAUGCUGGUGGUCGGUUAAUGCUUAGGUUGUGUGGGUGUGCGUUAGUCCUGUCGUGUGUGUAAAAGGAUUUGCAUUUACAUAAAACUGACAUACUCACACCGCUGCGUAUGGCUUUUAUGUACCGUAAUGUGAAGAUGCGGGCGAAAAAUUUCAUUUAAGUGAGUUUUAGUGCGUCACACUACGCGCGCCUCUCAGCAGUAUUGACAACACGCAUAUGCUGCGUAGCGCCUAGUGCUAUGCCGCAUUGUUUUAGAGCCGUCUAGUGGAAGUAGUGUUGAAUUGAAGUUAACGGUGUGCGCGAGCGGUACGUGUCGGUGCGGACGGUUUAAAUGCAGCGGAGCAGUGCGCGGUCGGGACGUAUCGUAAAUCAAGUUGCUUUCAGUGCCGUAUUUUGGUAUUCUCGUCAACAGCCCCAUUUUCGAGAGUGUUUUCGCUCACAAAUGGGCUUAUAAAAAAUUCAUAUACGAACGCAACUAAAGCGAAAAAUGUAGCUGAAUUGUAACGGAUAGCACAGUGAGCAACGGUGAAGUGUUUGUUGCCAAGGUUAGAUGCAAGUGAGCUUUUGUGCGAACAACGGUAAUAAAAUAAAUGAAUAAAUGUAUACCGAGUAAAAUAAAAAUACCCAAAAUUGAAUAAAAGGCUGAAAAUUUUCCGUCUCAGUUUGCACAAGGGCUCAGUGAGCAAAGGGUUCCUAGCAGCUACUAUAAAGCGGAUAGCUAGUAAAGUAUUUAAGAAUACAAUGGAAUUUGAACGUAGAGUUGUGUAAACAAAAUAAUGAGAAGGCCAAAUUAAAAUAACGGAAGGUUGAACUAUCAAAAAUUGAGAAUUCCAAACUAGGUAAACAUGGUUGGAAAAAAAAUUGUGUUUAAAAGUGAAAAUGGAAUUACGGCUUGCGACAAAGAAUUCUAUUUGAGCUGGGGAUGUGAAGCACGUAAAAAGCUGGGUGUAUAAUAAUAAAAGUCGCACGACUAACUCCCUUGCCACCCAACUCCUUCUCGGUACUAGCCACUUGCGCAACAUUUAUGCUGGACAAAAACUAAUGCACUCUACGAAAUUACAGAAUGCCAUAUAAUUGAAAGCAAAACUGCAAUAAAAGACAAAAGUUAACCGAAGGACGGUCUAGGUUCUAACCGUUGUAGACAAACAGUAAAUUAAAGGAAGCGAACACAUUCAUAUGAGCAAGGAUGGGCGUGCUGCUGCAAACAGUAUAUACGGCAAAAAGUACCACGCCCAGGUCUUCGGUGUUSCUACCAUUGUUGGCAGUACUAAUGGUCAUGCUGCCGACGCCACCAGUCGCCAAAGCCACAAGCGGCUUACGUGUGCCCACUUUCAUACAGGAACCGCCGGCGCGUCUGCUCUUCAGCAACGACACUGGCACUSAGAUCAGCUGCACGGCGCAUGGUAAUCCGCCGCCAGUAGUAUCGUGGGUGCUUAAGGAUGGCACGAUGGCGACGCAGGUGCCCGGACUCAGAAAAAUUACUGGCAAUGGCACAUUAUAUUUCCCACCGUUUUUGGCGCAAUACUAUCGCACAGACGUGCACGAGACGAUAUACCGCUGUCGAGCAGCCAACGAAGCUGGCACCGUGUUGAGCCGGAACGUGCAGCUCCAAGCAGUUGUUCGCCGCCAGUUUCAUGUGCACGUGGAAAAUACCGAAGUCUAUUUGGGAAAUUCAGCGUUGAUCAAGUGCGCUAUUCCGGACUAUGUGCGCCCGUAUGUUAAGGUGUCCAGCUGGCAUCGCGGCGAGGAGAUUCUACUGCCCGAUCUAUCAGAUGUUGCUGGACGUUAUGUGGUACUUUCGUCAUAUGGAGACCUCUAUAUACGCUCGGUGCGCACAGAGGACAGCUUGGUGAAGUUCUCUUGCCUGGUCACAAACACACUGAAUGGAGAAAAGCAGCGCAGUGAUGCUAUAAUGUUGCAGGUGAAAGAGCUGAGCAAAAAUCUUGCACCUCGCACCACUCAGAAGCCAGUAAUGGAAAUACAUGUGGAACGUGGWAGUGAUGUCCAUUUGCCGUGCAACAUCCAGGGAAAUCCUUUUCCUAUAUUUACAUGGUAUCGUGUUUCGGAUUCAUCAGCAUUGUACCCAAUUCCAUCUUCGCAGCGUGUGAUACUGUCACGCACGCUGUUGCUUAUCAAAAAUGCUGACGAACGGGAUGCCGGCAAAUGGGUGUGYCAGGCGGCGAAUCAAUUCGGCGAGCAGCGCAUCGAAAUCCGUCUGAUGGUUAACUCAUAUGUGUCGGUGCAUAUUCUGCCGCAAGUGCAAAUUGUCAAUUCGGGCGGAAUGGCAAUUUUCAACUGUUCGACCACGGGUUCAGCGAUCGAUGGCGUCGAGUGGUUGCACAAUGGAAUAGCUCUACAGGGCAACAAUGCGCUUAGCAACGGCAGAGAGAACAUACGGUUUCUUACGAAGACCUCGCUAAUGGUACAUAACGUGGGUCGUAGAGAUCGAGGUGUCUAUCAGUGCUUGGUGGAGAAUAGCAGAGCCAGCGCCCAGGCUAUGGCCGAAUUGAAGUUGGGUGAUACCGUGCCUGAACUGAUUUACACCUUUAUUGAGCAAAAUGUGCAGCCGGGGCCAUUAAUAUCGCUUAAGUGCUCGGCUAGCGGUUCGCCGCCACCACAAUUUGCCUGGCUGUUGGACUCCCAGCCGAUAAUGGAUGUUUCGCUGCAUCAUCGCUUCGCCAUCGGUCAGUUCGUCGAUAUGUCUGGCGAUGUGAUCAGUCACUUGAAUAUUUCGCAUGUGCGUCCAGACGAUGGCGGACUUUAUAAGUGCAUCGCCACCAAUUCGAUGGGAAGUGUGGAGCACUCGGCGAGAUUGAAUGUUUAUGGUCCGCCAUAUGUACGCGCCAUUGGUCCCAUAAAAGCUGUCUCCGGCGAAGAUAUAAUUGUUCAUUGUCCAUUUUCCGGUUAUCCAAUCGAGCAAAUUAGAUGGGAGAAAGGACAUCAGGAAUUGACAUCAAACUCACACUACUUGCUGUCACCGGUGCAGCRGGGCGGCUAUCUUGUCAUCAAGGAUGUCGAACCGACCCGUGAUCAGGGCAUGUACACGUGCAUUGUAAGGAGUCGGGCUGGAGAGGAGGCUCGCCGCGAUAUGCAACUAAAUGUAAACAGCCCACCAGUGAUUGAAGCAUUCAAGUUUCCCAAGAAUCUGCAAGAGGGAGGACGCGCRCAGAUAACUUGUGCCGUUUCAUCUGGUGAUAUGCCAAUCUAUUUCAGUUGGAAGAAGGAUGACAUGUCCAUACCAACAAGUUUGCAGAUUACCGAGAAAAAGGAGGAAUUCUAUUCGCUUUUGGUGUUCAAGGAUAUCAGCGCAAAGCAUAGCGGUAAAUAUACCUGCUAUGCGAGCAAUGCGGCAGCAAAGGUGAACUACACUGCAGAAUUACAAGUGCGAGUUGCGCCACGCUGGGCACUGGAGCCAAUGGAUACGGCCAUUAUGCUUGGCAAUACAAUAUCGAUAAAUUGCGAGGCGGAAGGAUAUCCGAUACCAACUAUUACCUGGUUCAAAGGGCAGGGCAAAUUGUCACAAGACUUUAAGCCGCUCAACAUGCGCAACAACUCGCUUGUGCUUAAUCUAGCCACGGACAUUGAUGAGGGCUACUACAUGUGUCACGCAACAAACGAUAUUGGCGUCGGUCUCAAAAAAAUUAUACGCAUCAAUGUGAAUGAACCCGCCCGCUUCGAACAAGCAGCACGAAAUGUAUCAUCACGACGCAAUGACCCCGUUAGUCUCGACUGCCAGGCGAAAGGCGACGAGCCCAUCGCAAUUUCGUGGACACACAACAACGGCCGCAUUGAUCUGAACAAUUUCCGUUUUAGCAUUGCGGAAAUGAAAACGGACAAGGGCGUCGACUCACAGCUGACCAUUGCCCGUUCGGAUCGUCACGAUUCGGGCAUUUAUCGUUGCGUUGCCGAAAAUCCGUAUGGACGCACUGAGCUCGUCAUCUUCUUGGCUGUUCAAGAACGUCCUGACACUCCAUCUGUGCUGGAAGUCUUUGAGGUGGGCUCACGUACCGUAAAGCUGUCGUGGCGGCGCCCAUUCGAUGGUAAUUCGCCAGUGCUCAGCUAUCUCGUACAAUAUCAGCCGUUGAAAUAUUUGCAAUCACAUGCUGCGCUUGGGAUGGCGGGUGGAGAUUGGAGUGGUCCAAACAUCAUCAAUGUCACUCUGCCGUCGACAAGUAUUAGCCGGAGCUAUGACAGCGAUUUGCGGGAAAGUGCCAUUGUGRCAGGCUUGACUCCGGCAACUACUUUUCUCAUUCGUAUGCAGGCAAUCAACGAAAUCGAGCGGAGUCCAUUCACCGAUCCUAUUGUGCUGAAAACGCAGGAAGAGGCUCCAACCGAAGCACCYUCAAAUGUGCAGGUGCAGACAGGUGGCGAAAGUGAAUUGAUUGUGACAUGGCAGAUACCAUCCCGAGAAUCUUGGAAUGGUGAACUCAUCGGCUAUACCGUUAACUGCAGCGAGGAAAAACAGAACAUCAACUACAUUAGCGUUGUCAAUAAUUCACUCAAGUCGGUGAUUGUAAGUGGUUGGGCCACCACAAAGGCAACCAUUCGCGGCUUGCGCAAAUACACCAGGUACGCGGUGACUGUGCGUGCACUCAACAGUUUUGGUUCGGGACCCUGGAGUGCCGCCAUUUUCGGAACGACAGCCGAGGGUGUGCCUGAAGCGCCUCCGCAGCAUGUCAAUUGUACCGCAUUGUCGUCGCAAAGUCUGAAGAUAUCCUGGCUAGAACCGCCAUUGCAAUUUCAUGGUGGAAUAAUCCAAGGCUAUAAAAUUUUAUAUCGGCCCAUUGUGAAUCAAAUUGACUUCCCGGCAAAACUAGAGGUGAAGCGUACCUCCAAUCUUGAGACCUACUUGCACACUCUCCAUAAGGCGACUAAUUACUCCCUGCGUGUAUUGGCUUAUACAGCGACUGGUGACGGGUUGUCCAGUCAACCGUUAUAUUGCCAAACAGAGGACGAUGUGCCGGACGCUCCAGCGUCUAUAAAAGCAGCCGCAUUAACGGCCGAUUCAAUAUUGAUUUCGUGGUUGCCGCCAAAAAAUCGCAAUGGAAUAAUUUCGCAUUAUACAGUUUAUUCGCGCGAGGCUGGGCGUAAAGGACAAGCGAAAUCUCAUAUGGUGCGCGUCGAUGAAAAUGGUUAUCCGGUGACCUAUGAAGCACGCGGGCUGGCAGAAAAUCAAAUGUACGAAUUCUGGGUUUCUGCGUCAACAUCCGUUGGAGAGGGCGAACCAACAUCUGUGGUUGCGCAGACCACAAAUACGCGUGCCCCUGCUCGGAUCGCUUCUUUUGGACAACUAGUUCGGAAAGCUGUCGGCACUGCCUUGAUUUUGGAAUGUUUGGCUGUGGGAAAUCCGACGCCACGAGCUAGAUGGUUGACCAGAGACCGGCCUGUCACAUUCAGCCCCUUCUAUGAGGUGACUAACGAAGGAAAUUUAAAAAUACACCGCGUAGAGAGCAAUUUGUCCGGAAAUUACACUUGUACGGCGAAUAAUCUGUUCGGAAGCGAUGAGAUUCAGUAUCAAGUGAUUGCCAUGAAACCACCCGUCGCCCCCCAAAUCAUUGUGCAAUAUGCGUCAGCUGAUAGCAUACGUGUCAGCUGGGAUCCGCCGGACGACGGUGGUGCCCCUUUGCAAGGCUAUACCAUUUCGUACCGCAUCACAGGAGAGACAUGGGCACAGACCGAGUUGAUGCCAGAGAAUAACGCUUAUACGAUUACGGGCUUGAAAUGUGGCAAUCAGUAUAUCAUCAAGAUGUCGGCGCAUAAUAUUGUUGGCGACGGCAUGUCCAGCGAGGAAAUUAACGUCUGGACCAAGGGCAAAGCCUCACAGGCGCCGAACGGGAAUGAACUGAUUGCCACUAAUGCCUCUUGUGUGAAUUUGAARUUAUCAACGUGGAACAAUGGUGGCUGUCCCAUACAUCACUUCUCUAUUGAGCACCGACCGCUUGGGGACAUCCGUUGGACGGUUGUCACAUCCGACAUCUCGAAUGCCGAAGAGAAUCGCGAAAAUUUAAUAUUUUGCGAUUUCCUGCCAGCCAAGUGGUAUCAACUACGCGUCUCGGCCACAAAUGAUGCUGGUAAAACCACUGAACAUUAUCAUUUUGCAACAACCAAUCUGGAUGGGGUGACAAUACCACCGCCACAGGUUUUCCCAUCGGAAAACGAUUUGAUGAACAAUCUGAUAAAUGCUACAAAUCCCACCAACGGUGAUUGGUUUUCAACAUUGAUCGUCAUCGUCAUCAUCACCGUGGCCAUUAUUACCAUUGCUUUAACAAUUAAGCAUCGUCGCACUCUGUGCGGCCCCAUUGCCGAUGGCUAUGAGUCGCGUACACUGCCCGGUGAUUACAAAGAAGACCGCGACAAUCGACGCAAUCAGCAGGUGUACAGCGCUUCUCCAGUAAAAACUGUAGAUAAAGGAAACGAAUCAGAAAUGUACGAGAUUUCACCCUAUGCUACAUUCAGCGUKAAUGGUGGGCGAACGGGUGCGGGUGCAGGCUCCUCUUCGAAAACACCACCUCGUGGUGGUGUUUCCGCUUCCCCAAUGGAUUACACCAUGCAGUUUAAGACUUUCGGACAUCCAGAGGGCGAUAAUCUCAAUGCAACUGCUUAUCCUUUGAUACCGACCAGCGCCGGAUUCGGUCAUGUGAAGUCGAAGUCUAGUUGGCACAAACAGCGCUACUUCAAUACGGACGAUGAGUCCACGCUUAGCAAAUCGAUGACCAUGGUGGCUGGCUCACAAUCGGGGCAUUCGAAGAAGAGYGGACGCGCCAGCAAGAGCGCCAGCAGCAGUAGCGGUGGUGGAGGUGGUAGCGGUAGUGGAGUUGUAGGUGGUCCCAGUGGAGUAGGAGCUGGUGCACACUGUGAAUCGGAGUCAGAUACGAGUAUAAGUCCCAGCACUGAGUUUUCCAAUAUGCCAACCUAUAGAGUUCCUUGUAAGUCGACGCGCAGCAACGAUGGGCGCCCAGCUGCAGAUAUGUUUCGACCAGACUCGAGCACGGAAUCCAACAAUGAACAGGGCUCACCGGUGGAACGAAGAAUAAGUGGACGAGGGACAGGAAUUGCUGGAGUUGGAACUGGGAGUGGAGAGAUUGACAAACGAGGACAUCGUAGUAGGAAACAACAACAACAGCUGCAAUUACAACAACAAGCAAAAGAGCAUCAAACGCUGGACCGGAGAAUAUGCCCUGGAAGUAACAACAGUGUAGACAGUGAGGUUAACUCGGAUAUGGGUACCUCCUUAGCGGCCACCAUAGCCGCUGUGGCUGCGGGCGAUCUGGGUUUUCGUCCACCGUCGGGUUUUACUGAUUCGCGUGAAUUCAGCGAAGCUGAGUGUGACCGCGAGCAACGUGCAUUGGACUUGGAAGUGCAACGUGUUAUGGAAAACACCGACGGACAAUUGGCCAAGAUGGAUCGAGAGGAAUUGACUUCACUGCUAGCAAGAUAUCACGAGAAAAAGGAGCAGGAGCGCCAGGAAUAUACCAUACAUGUUUAAUAUUUAUUGGAAAUUAUUCACAUGAACAUACACACAAGAAAACGCAUUUAUAUAAGUACACUGCCGAGCUAGUGAGCGCCUAAACAAAGUAACUAUUGCAUUUUACAUAAUCACACGCUGGGAAAUAAAGCGAACUGACUACAACAAAUCAACAAACGAUCACCUCUCGAAGGCAACAAAUGCAUUUAUAAACCCUCACAAACAAGGAGUCAUCCCAACUAACAAUUGUAACUAAACUAAAUGUGGCAAAUUGAUUUUAUUUAYCAUUAUAAGCUCGCAGAACGCUACAUAUUCCCACUCACAGAUAAGUAGUUAUAUAUGUAAAUGUAUUGCAUUCUAGCAUCCCUGCAGGACAACACAAUAGCUCCCUUUAACCGGUAAUAUUUUAAUGCACGCGGAUGGACUUAGAGCCCAUUUAUUAAAUUUACUUACACAGUAAAGACUUCGCUCGAUAGGAAGCUUUAUUGUUAUUCUAGUAACUUUCAUUGGGAUUGGCAAAAUAAUAUUMUUCUCUAUGGUAGACAAUUAAAGCUUUAUAACAUUGGCAGAACUUUUAACUUCUAAAAACUGGAGGUAAUUAUUCCAGUUUUUUUUUUUUUCAAACACACAAAUUCACACGAUUUUCUUCUGAAUAAAUUAAUUAUAUUAGCGUAGAUUGACUUAAAUUACACAUUUUAAAAGCUGUUGAAGAAUUUAGUUCUGUUCUGUUAGAUGUCGACACUCAAUAGACACAUUCCUAUCGUUACUCGGGACGAAGAAUGACUGUGGUGCGAGAUGGUCAAUGGUUAGGAAUAUUCAAGGUAUUCGCGUUCAUUAUCUCUUUUAUACAAAUGGUUGGAAAGUGGAAAGAGUUUCGAAAAUGCUACCUUUUAAAGGGUAAAAUAUUGUUAUCAAAUUUAAAGCCAAAAUAUGUUGAACAAACGCUCUUGUUUUGGCUACCGGGUUUGUUCUGUUAGAAUUUUUAUAGUGUGUAGUGGUGAAAAUCUAUUCAUUAACAAGGUGCAUGGGCCUGCAAGGUAUAAUAUGUACAUAUAUGCGUACAUGUAUAGGUCUGCAUUUUGUGCUGUACUCAUUAAAUUGGGCAAAACAAAUAAAAACAAUAUGAACACAUACGCAUAGCAACACUUUUCAAGAAAAAAUGCAAAAUUAAUUAUUUUAUACGAGUGCACUAAUUCUGCUGCGAAUAUAAGUAUUAUAUUUACUGUUGUUGCAGGUCAAGCGUGCAUUUAUACCUGUGCACAUUAGYUACAAAGUGCGGGGUUCGAGCUUUUCAACUGCACAUUACAUCAAAGUUAGUUGAAAGGGGCGUAAAACUAUUUCGGUUGCAUGUUGGAAAUAAUUAAACGUAAAGAUAUCUUAAAUUUCAUUAUACUGAUGAUGAACAUUUAAUAAAACAAGUAAAAUUGUAGACUUCGGAUGCAUCGAAGCUUUAAUAACAUAAUAUGGAUUAAAAACGCUUACAUCUUUAUUUUAUUCGGUCCGAUCACUACAAAAAAAUUCCAAGCUAAGGAAAAUGUGACGAUGGUCUGUCUUACAAAGAUGCUUACAUUAYACGCGAGGCUAUAAAAAUAGACUAAUCGUUUCCGAGCGUUCUAUCCAAAAUCUUCCAUUAUAUCCAAAGAAUAUUCGUUUGGGAUAUUUUAAUACCUAGUUGUUCUCUUAAAGAGUACUUAAUCACCAGCAGGAAUUGUUUUCUACUUCGAAAGAAACAUAGAACGGGAAACUUUCUCAGAUAAAUUCUUUUCUUGUAACRUACUAAGAAUUAUCAAUUUAAUUGAAUGAUCCAUUUGGUUUAAUAUUUUUAUUUCUGGGUAGAAUAGAUCUCUAUAGGCAGUCAAUAUUMUGUAUAUAUAUCCUGAGCGCCCUUUAAAUGGAUGAAUCUUUAACUUAAUAUUUCUUUAAAUAAUGCUAUUUACUUUGAAUUUAAGAGCUUAAAUAAUUUGGUGCAAACUGUCAUACGUUUCAGCUAAGUAAUUCUAUAUCGAUACGUAUUAUACAUAUAUGUAUAAGUAUAUAAGUGUAGC